CUUUCCUUUCUUUUCCCCGGGGGAAACACAGUGGAACGACAGCAGGGACGAACGACGAUACCGGAGGGGUUGUGCGCGGGAUGGAGGUCCCGCUUGUCUUGGAUGACGGGUCGAUUCCUAGUCCCCGGUGGAGACGGGAGAGUGCGUCGUCGCUUGCGAGGACGGGAGGAGUGAACAGGGAGGCUACCGGGCUGGUGCCCGGCUUUGUUGCUACGGCAGGUGGUUCGCAGCUGGAGAUGCGACGCUUGUUGUCGGCUGUGCUGACCGAUGGCCUAGUGGAGUGUUGUCCUGGCCUGGAGGGCUGUCCCGGGGGGGGCUCCGAGGACUCUGAGGAGUGGCGCUGCUGCGUGUAUGAGAGGUGCAGGGCGCACCUCAGCUUGAAGCAGGAGGCGGGUUAUUUUCCUGUGCUAGCGUGGCGGACGGCUGUCCGUGCAGUGGAUCUGGUGUCGCUGUAUGCGAUGUCUUGUUCCCUUGCGGGGGGUAAGGGAGACGGUGUCACGCUGCGGGAGCAGCCGUGGAACUACCAGUCAGGGGCGUAUACUACUGUUGUCCGUAUGGACAUGUACCGUACUACGUACCGGCACGGGAAGUGUUUCUCUGACCUCCUCGUGUAUGAGGUGGAGGUGUUGGCCUCGCCUUGUGGGCCUCGGCAUGGGUCCACUAGCGUUUCUGUCUCUCGCGAUGGUCACUGUGACUGGGUAGUCCAGUGGAUGGCGUUCCUGGGAGGCGUGCAGCGUAAGGUUUCGCAUCAUGUCUGGUGCCCUGGAGGGAAGGGCACGCUGGUCUUGUGAUCUGUCUUCGCUCUGUGAGCGCUGGUGUUGUCGCGCAGUGAUGCUCUCUAGUGUCCCGAAGGUGUGGUU